UCAUCAAUCAAUCAUGAUGAAUUUUGGUAACCGUCUCGUUUUGUUUUCCUAAUUAUUUUCAGGACUUCCCUCAAUCACCACCAGUAUCCGAGUCCAUUAUUAGUUCUCCAAAAGAAAUGACAACGCCUUCUGAAACCAGAGAUGAAAGAAAUCAAUGUCAGUCAGCGUCGAACACAAUACCUUCUCCAUUACUUGACUGUACCGCAAUGCCCAAUAUUGUAUCUCAAAAGUAUGCCGAAGGCAAUAACAAAUCAUCCGUUCCACAAAAUAUAGCUCAACAUCCCCCUAGUUCCAUUCAAACAAAUGAUACAUUCUCUAAUCAAGAAAUACCGAAUUCUGUACACAUUGAAGCUGCACCACAUUCUCCGAAACUUUGUUACACAGGAUAUACAUUGUCUCAAUAAUGAUUCUUACUAUUGUUAUUAUUAGAACAGAGUUAUCCCUUUUUAUUUUAUUUCUAAACUGAUUGGUUGAUAU